UUUUAUUUAUUGGCUGGAACCCAUUUUGACACAUUUUUGGAUGUCUUUUCGAUUUGUUAAUGUGGCAGUUUCAAAUGUAUUUAUUUUUUGCAGUAUGCAGAUUGUACAACUUAAGGAAAAACAAUAAAUGAUGUAAUGUCAUUAUGAUGAUGUUUUUCAACUCAAACGUUCUCAAACAGACAAACAAUGUUCUCUGUAAAACUAGCAUUUGAAGAUCUAAAACUGCUGACUAGGAGUGAUCAUAUAGAGGUACAGAUUUUACAACUUCUUGUCUAUAAACAUUGUAGAUAAGAUUUUAUAGGAUCUCUUUUGUUUCUAUGCCCUGCCUAAGUCAACAAAAACAACAAAUACGAGCUUUAGAAACGUCACAGGAAGAAAAUGGCACUUGUUCGGUUCAAAUAGCUUUACAAAGAGCCCAAAGUGUCCUACUUCCAGUGGCCGACUUCAAAACGAGUUCAGCUCUCACAUCCGCUUGUUCAAAAGCGAGUCACACUGUCACUCAAGCUACUGUGGCUCUAGAACAAUCGCAUAAAAUUAAUUGACACGCUAUAUAAAACCAAUGACGCAAAAUGAAAGGAUUAGGCGUAGACCAUAUCUUCUGAUGACUCAUAAUAGUUUCCUUUAGGAAUGACUGCAGUUAAAUCUUAAAUGUGAACGCCUGUGGCAAAUACUGCAGGACGGUACGGUUAUCCCGUAAACAGUGAUGUUGUGCAAAAGCACAUGGCAACAAAGUGUUUGCCAGCAAGAUAUAAAUCGGCUAAUUACGGUGCUAAGCCUUUUAGGUAAAAUUAACAAGGUUUCCGAGGAAGUAAGCGCUGUCAUUAUCCUGGUGUCACUCCAUAAUGCUGCUGUGACACGUUCAAAUUUGCACCGUUCAGAUUUAUGGACAUGUAUCUUUAAAACAUCAUUAGAGCACUUUGCUGCAGCAGAUAAAACAAAGACCUCGCACCCAUUUGCUAAAUUAGCUGUAUUUUGAUACACCAUUUGUACAUCCUCUAUUUAUUUACAACCAACAAGCCCAUUUUGACAAAUGGAUGUCUCUGCUUUGUGGCUCAUUUUGCCUCAUUUAAAAGGUCACGGAAAAGACGUGUGUCAAUAACACAUAAAUCAUGGUUUGCGUGGUAUAUAAAUGAAGGCGUUCUGAGGUCAGAAAAUCAAAAGGCUUCCAUAAGCUCAGCAGAAGACACUGCUUUUACACUUUUUCCAGCCAUGAAGGUGGUGCUGCUGGUGGUGCUGUUGGUGUGGGCCGCGUGGGCAGAUUCGGCCCAGGCCCAGAAAGCUCUGAGACUCUGUGGCCGUGAGUUUUUUCGGGCUGUCGUCUACACGUGUGGGGGUUCCAGAUGGAGGCGGGGCCGAAACGAGGACCCCAUAAAUGGUUAUGAAAUCGCGACUGAUGUGGAGUCACUGACCUCUGCAGAAAUGGAUCGAGUAAGAAGAGAGGCAUACGAAGUACUGCCGUCCACAUGCUGUACAGUGGGAUGUAGAAAAAGUGAUCUUGUUCGCAUGUGCUGAGAAACACUCCAGUCCACUUCUUUGUGCAAAAUGCAUUUAAUCUAUUAUUUUUUGAAGGACUUGAAACUCUCAAAGUUAAAAUAGUCUUAAAAUGAGCAUUUGAAAGAUGUUGAUAUUGUUGUUGCUGUUUUUGAAGAAAUUUUUCAAAUGCAAAAAAGUAUUGUGCCAACAUUUAAUGUGGACCAAUACACAAUGCAAAGGAACGGUGCCUCUUGUUUUGUUUAAUUUAAGAGGUACUAUUAAGAGAAUAGAUCACUCUCCAAAAUAAAAACACCCUAAUGAACCCAUAGCCUACUUUUAUUUUUCUAAAUCCUAUCAGAUAGUACUGAAAUAUACAAUGCAUAUUGUUUGAGUAUAUGCAUAUACAAUAUCUGCCCCAAAACAUGUUAAUAUUAUGAUACUUUGUAGGUGGUUUAAUGUUUAUUAAAUUAAAUGGUUAUUAAGUUGAACCCCGAACUAAUGUUUUUAAAAACGUUGUUAAAAGCAGGGAUAAAAAAUAUUAUUUAAAGACUACCCAAUAUUGUAUUUUAUUGACUAUAUACAAUAUCAGAAAAUAUCAGCUGUAAAACUAAAAAUAAAAGCAUUUUGAACAAAAACAUGAACAUGGUUUAUGUGAGCCCUAGUUUUGUUGUGUGUGUGUGUGUGGUGUGUGUGUACUUGUUUUUGCUACAUUGUGGGGACCAAAUGUCCCCACAAGGAUAGUAAAACCUGAAAUUGCGGUCCCCAUAAUGUUAAAAAAUUAUUAAAAAUACUAAAUGAUGUUUAUCUGAAAGUGUAACAAUGCAAACAUGUUUUCUGUGAGGGCUAGGUUUAGGGUUAGGGUUGGGUUAGGGGAUAAACAAUAUCGUUUAGUC